GGAAUGAUUGUCUGCAAUUAAUUACGAAUAGAGUAAUCUGAGAAUAGACUUUGACCUUCCACUGGUAAACCUUAUUUGCUGACUGUGCAGUUUCUCUUUUGUGGAGCUGCCUUGGACGUGCAUGAUUAGCUUUUUACGAAUAGAUAAAGGCAAAGAUUACUGGACCGUACCUUUGUCAGCUCAGUCGGCCGUGGCUCACCCGUACCACCCCAGGGCAGACAUAACGUACUGUCUGUAGUGCAAAGCUGAGCUGAGUGAUAUCUCAAGAUUGUCGGUUAUUUCAUUGUCCUACUUGUCAAAUGCAGUUGCAAUAGACUGUAGUGUAGUGACGUGAGUAUAUAGACUGAUUUCUUGUAUAAACUGGGAGGCUUUUAAAACCUUGGUAAUCUUUCCCUUGUAAAUUUGGGUGUGGAUUUGAACUAAAUAAUAAACACGAAAAAAGUACAGGACAAUGUGGCGAAGCGUUCAUCGUUAUGCAUCCCGUCUACAACAUCAUCUAACAACAUCCCAGACAGUCCGAUGUACAGGACCGAGACACUGCAGCCAGACCACUCAGAGUGGUGUUCCGUACGAGACAAACCUUUCUUCAGUAGGCACCACAGAAAAUAUAACAGCGCCAUCGUCAGCUGAUGUGGUGAUCAUCGGCGGAGGGUCUGUUGGUUGUAGUACUCUCUAUCAUCUUGCUAAGCUUGGUGUCACCAAUACUGUUCUCAUUGAGAAAGAUCAGCUUACCGCAGGGACAACAUGGCAUACUGCAGGUCUGGUGUGGGGGCUCCGCCCUUCGGAUACAGAAAUAGAGCUUCUCUGCUACAUGAGACAUCUUGUUGGAGAUGUUCUGGAGGAAGAAACGGGUGUGGUCCCUGGUUGGAUCAACAAUGGUGGUCUCUUUGUUGCUUCAAAUAAAGAAAGGCUUGAUGAGUACAAGAGAAUGGGCACGGUUGGGAAAGCUUUUGGAGUAGAGUCCCACAUCCUGUCACCUGAAGAAACCAAGAAGCUGUAUCCAUUGAUGAACUGUGAUGAUAUCUAUGGAACAUUGUACAGUCCUGGUGAUGGGACCAUAGACCCUGCUGGAUUCUGUACUGCUCUUACUAGAUCUGCUACCAAGGCUGGUGCAAAGGUUCUUACAUCAUGCCAUGUGACUGGUAUACAAACUGGUCAAGAUGAUUUUGGUAUUCAUAGAGUUCAAGCAGUAGAGACAUCAGGGGGUACCAUUAAGACACCUGUUGUUAUUAACUGCACAGGUGUAUGGGCCCCUAACAUUGGAGCAAUGGCCAACGUUGCUGUGCCCCUCCUGGCAAUGAAGCAUGCUUACAUCGUCACUGAACGGAUCGAGGGUAUCCAAAACAUGCCUAACGUCCGAGACCAUGAUGCAUCAAUCUAUCUCAAGCUUCAAGGCGAUGCCUUGUCUAUAGGAGGAUAUGAAAACAACCCAGAGUUUAUUGAGAAGAUGAGUAACGAUUUUGCCUUCUCUCUCUACGAUCUUGACUGGGAUGUCUUCAGCGUUCACAUUGACGGUCAUGUCCAUCGUGUUCCUGUCAUUGGAGAGACAGGUAUCAAGUCUACAGUGUGUGGCCCAGAGUCUUUCACUCCGGAUCACAAACCACUGCUCGGUGAGGCACCUGAAUUAAGAGGUUUCUACCAUGGAUGUGCCUUCAAUAGCUCUGGUCUUAUGCUUGGAGGAGGGUGUGGCAGGGAGCUUGCUAAAUGGGUGGUCAAUGGAAGGCCAGACCUUGACAUGUAUGGCUAUGAUAUCAGGCGGUUUUCAAGAUCUCUUGUUUAUGAUAAGGCAUGGAUCAAGGAGAGGAGUCAUGAAGCGUAUGCUAAAAACUAUUCCACAGUGUUCCCCUAUGACCAACCAUUAGCAGGAAGAAACAAGAGAAAAGAUGCCCUUCAUCAGGUAUUAUUGGAUGCUGGGUGUGUAUAUCAAGAAGCUCUUGGAUGGGAAAGACCAGGGUAUUUCACACCAGAGGGAAAAGCAGAGUUGAAAGAUUAUGAUUACUAUGGAAGCUAUGGAAAUGAAGCUCACAAAGACUAUGCCUAUAACAACAGACUACUAGAUGACUAUACUUUUGAAUUCCCCAAACACCAUGAUGUGAUUGGCAAGGAAUGUUUAGCAGCUAGGAAUGCUGUAGCAGUCUUCAACAUGUCUUACUUUGGUCAGUUUUAUCUGACCGGUCCAGAUGCUCAGGCCACUGCAGACUGGAUCUUCACCAAUAACCUUGAUAAACCUGUAGGUUCAACUGUAUACACAUGCAUGUGCAACAAGGCUGGAGGCACUGAGGGAGAUCUCACAGUCAGUGUCAUUGACUCCAUGCCAGUCUCCAGCCCUCUGGGUUCAGACUUUGAUGGGCGGGGCUUCUAUGUGGCAGCUGGAGGGGGCGUGGCUGAGCAUGUCAAGUCCCACAUGCAAACAGAGAUCCAAGAUAAGAGGUUUAAUUGUCAGAUUGUCGAUGUCACCAAUGAGAUGGGAGUGAUCAGUAUUCAAGGACCAAAAAGUCGUGAAUUACUCCAAGCCCUUGCCACAGAUGUUGAUUUCAGCAACGAAGCAUUCCCUUUCUCAACCCACAAGAUCAUGACGAUAGCAGGUCACCAGGUACGAGCAAUAAGAUUGACCUUUGUUGGCGAGUUAGGUUGGGAGCUUCACGUACCAAACGAUGCAGCUGUAGACGUUUACCAAGCCGUCAUGCGAGAGGGCGCCAAACACGGCAUUGCUAAUGGAGGUUACAGGGCUCUGGAUUCUCUCAGUUUGGAAAAGGGCUACAGGCAUUGGCAUGGGGACCUCCGUUCUGAUGACACCCCUCUGGAAAGUGGACUAGGCUUCACAUGCAAGCUUAAGAUGGAUACUCCAUUCUUGGGGAGGGAGGCUUUGGAAAAACAAAAGGCUGAGGGACUGAAGAGAAGAAUAGCAUGCUUCACUGCUGAUCCAUCACUAGCCCUUCUUGGGAUGGAGGUUAUACGUCGCAACGGUGAAGUUGUCUCCUACUUCCGUCGGGCUGACCAUGCCUUUGCUCUGAACAGAGGUAUAGGGUAUGGAUACGUGCAGAAACCAGAUGGAAGUACUGUAACUAAUGCAUAUCUUAAAGAAGGAGAGUAUACAGUAGAGAGAAUGGGGGAGAUUUUCCCUGCUCAGAUUCAUCUUAAAACACCUUUUGAUCCAAGCAAUAAUAGAAUCAAAGGCAUCUAUGAAUGAAUAAAAUGUUUACAUGUAAGCAAUGCUUUUUUUAAUGAUAUGAUAUGUAGGUGUAACAAGCCUGUUAAUUUUUGUGUUUCAUGAAACGGUUUCAUGACAAUUGCUCUGAUCUGCAUGUUAAUCUAACAUAAAAUCUAUCCGUCAAAACUAAAUUAUUUUAUUUUUUUAUUCAACAUAUUUAUACAGGAUUAGAAAGAAACAAUUGAUUCAGCAAGGCUGUUUUCAUUGAUGUCCUGUUAAAACACAUAUAUACAUACAUAAAAAUCAUUUCCAGUUAAAACGAUAGAGAUUUUAAAAAUAAAGGAUGGUAUGAACUAAAAAGCUGAAGUAGAUUCAAAGAAGAUUAUGUCAGACCAGCAUCAGAUUAAAAAGAAUGAUAGGAAAGUCAAAGUGAUGUGCGGGUAAAUUGAUUAUCAUGUUGGCAUUCUCUCAUUAAUUAUAUAAUUGGAAGUUAUGUAAGAAGAAAUACAAUAAUCAAUGACUUUUGAUAAUACUAAAGUAUUAUCACAUCCUUCAACUAAAUUAUAGGACUUUUUCACAAGAUUAUUAUGUUUUCAAAAACUGAAGGGAAUAUACAGGCUAUUACAGUGUUAUAUUUCUUAUCAUAAUGUAAAAUUAUGACAUUGUUCAGAGUUGAAUUGCAGUACUCUUUAAAGGCAAUUCCAUGAAGUAUAUAUAUAUCUGAUCCCUUAUAUGAGGAACUUUCUAUUGAAAAUUGAAAAUCAUGGACCCCUUCGAAAAACAGCAUUUUGCUGAUAGGGUGCUCCACAUAUGAAUAGUAAAUAAAUGAAAAAAUAAAAUGAAAUUAUUUGUGUUUGUUUUCUAGUUAUGAUGAUAUAUAAUGCUGUCAAAUGAUCAUGAAAAUGUUCCUGAAGUGAAGUCAAGAAAAAUAAUAGGGUUUGGAUUUACAAACUGGUUGAUUAUUUUAUGGAUUUGCAAAAGUGGAUAUGUGUUUCAACUUUGGAGUACAUCACUGUAUAGUACCUGUAUGUCUUUAUUAUUAUGUAAAAUUAUAUAACACUCUUUGAGAGUUGAAAAAUAGGACUUAUUAAGACUUGUUCAGACAAGGCAAGAAAGCGUGUAUUGUAAAAAAAAGUCAGCCGGAAUGUACUAAACAAUUUUAUUCUAAUGCAAUGUGUGUUAUUGAUAUUAAAGUCGAGUGAAUGCAUUCCAAAGAUAGGCAAUAUGUUGACAUUAUGAUCAAGUUCUCACCUUCCCUCUUUCCUAUCACACUGUCUGUAUUUUUUUUACAGCUCUGCCCCUCAUCUAAACAUAUCUAAACACCUGAGAAAUAGUUCUGAACUUUCACUGCCAUUCUAAUUCAAUUCAUUUAUUCUUUUCCAUUAAAAACAACAACAUUAAAAACAACAAAAUAUGUACAUUUGAAAAACAAAUGUAGAUACAUAAAUAGAUCAAAUACAUAAGCAUAGUAAAUUAAUAUUGUAAGUGAUAAAAAUAAAUGGAAAAUGGAACACCUGUAGAAAGCUUUUUAAAAAAGCUUUUAAAUGGCAUUAGACUUUUCGGGGUAGAAUCUGCCAGUCAGGUAUCCCAGGGUUCAAUUGCAGCUUAUGACUUUAUGCAGUUCCAUUUAUGUCCAUCAGAUGCAGUAAUGCGAUUCUGUCAGCCAACUGUCAUGUCAAAAAUCUUUGGAAACUGUUUCUUUUCAGCAGCUUCUUUUUGUCUUUUAAUAUAUAUAAAAAAUAAUUCUGUUUUUAAAAAAGCAUUGAAAAUGUCUUGCACAAAACUAUUAUAUUCUCAUGUUUUACCUUUGAGGGUACAGAGCUGAAAAGGUCAACAAAACAAAGUUAAGAAAGUUCUCUUGCAUACCAUUUAUAUCAUACUUUGAUUUGCUUCCUUUUUUUAUGUAAACACUUUUGUUCAUUUCCAUGUCUCUGAAUUUUUAACUGAACAUGAUACAGUCACACACAAGGUGAUUUUCAUGUUUAGACUUCAGGGUUCUCAGCCCAUCAGGCAAAAUUAUUUUACUUAGAUAAAAA